GUCUUUCUUUGCGCCUCAUCUCGUGUCACAGGCGCCAAUGAGGAAUAAUUAGUUGGUUGUACCGUGAUUGAUUGCUGCUGUUGCUGUUGCUGUUGCUUGCCAGUUGAUGGGCUUCUGCUGCCGCUUUUCCCCCUCUCUUCUUUGCUUCUCACUCUUCUCUUUCAUACACCAACUACCAAACCAACCAACUGACUGAGCAUCUUCUUCCUCUUCAUUCAUCCUCCUGUCUUUUGUCUCUCCUCUAUCUCUCUCCCCUUUCCAUCUCCAUGCCCCUCUUUCGCCGCAAAGCCAAAUUGCCUGCCGCUGUCGCGUCUGCAUUCCGAUCGGUUGAGCAUCUUCCCCCUCGCGUCGAGCACCAGCACCAGCACCAGCACCAGCAGCACCCCGACGAUCGGCCCCGUCGCUUGUCCUCGUCUUCCUCUGCCUCUGCUUCCUCCUCCACCGCCCGCGAUCCUUCUUUGCCUCAGCCUCAGCCUCACCAUUCCCACGCCUACUCACACCCUCAUUUUCAGUCUCACCCCCACUCGUCUUCUCCUCUAACAAACUCAUCUUCCCCGAAACCCCCUCCCUAUUCUGCUGCUGCCGCUGCUGCUGCUGCUGCUCCUCUCCGACGCAGCAAGAGUCACCGCAGUCCCCGCGAGAACACUCAUCCGUCGUGGCCCCUUCCCGACCAGUCUAACGAGCAGGAAGUCCAGGAACCACGCAAGUCUCGCCGCAGCCUUUUCUCCUUGCAUUCCUCUGCCACCACAAGCGAUUCUGUGCAGCGGAAUCGGUCGGUCAAGAAGUUCUCCGCCGCCGGUCGCCGGAAUAAGCAUCAGCGACCGUUGUCUAUUGAUACCAGCUCCGACUGCCGUCCCGCUACAGCCUGGACUCCUGAGCAUGAUUUAGACGGCGCCUAUUCCCCUCCAUCGUCGCAAGAACAUAUACACCCGCACGCCCAGUCGCAGCCGCAACUGCAAUCGUGGCCGCAGCCACAAUCGCAGUUAGGACAACUUCCGUCGCAACCACGGUUGGAGCAGCCCCCGCAGCCGCUGUCACAAGAUCUAUCGUCACGACCCCCAUCCCAGGAACACCUACCGCCUCAGCUACGGUCGGGAGUUCACGUAACUCGCUGGGAUUCACAACCACCACAGCGCCAGCCGCAGCCGCAGGCCCAAACACAGCCUCGUCCACAUCCUUCGUUACGUGCAGGCCCUCCUCCCGCCUCGUUCCACAUGCCGCAGAACACCGUGCCGACACUGGAAACCCGACCGCCCCGCUCCCCGCACUCUACCAUCCAAAGAUCCAAUACCGAUUCGGGCCUGCUCGACCACCUCGCCCGAUCGUCUCCUAUUGAUCCACCCCGUAUACACCACGGUGAGUUGGUGCCGACGCAAACUCAGCUAGAUCCAACGGUGGGAGCUCGCCCGCCGUCCAGACAGUCUGUCGGACCCCCGUCUCCGUUGCGUCAACAAUUGGCCCCCGCACAGCCCGAUUCCCCCGGCGGUAUGACGGAUCGUCCUUCAGGUGUGCUGCAGGUCAGCAGCAACAGCAACCAACCCGCCUCUGGCGCCAGCCACACCUUGCACGCAUCGAACAACCAGUCAGAUACUGGAUAUCGGACUAACGCCGCCCAACCCAGUGCCGACGCAGGACGCAGCACCCCAAGUGUGCGGGAGACCCGCGACGCGCGCCGAGAAGCUCGCGAUGAGUCAAGCGACAUCGACGUGCGGGCUUUGGUGCAGAAACAUGACGAACUGCAGGCCAAAUACUCCAAAGUCAAACGGUACUACUUCGAAAAGGAAGCCCAAGUGCAGCACCUCCAGAACACGGUGGCGCACCAACGGAUGGCGGUCUCGCGCACUGUGCUGGACGACAACGAGUACGCCAGCCGCUUCUCCCGCCUAGACGGGGCGAUCAAGGACCUCGCGUUCUCCAUCCGCAAGGACUGGGCGCGCCUGCCCCCGUGGCUGACCGGCUUCGUCAGCGACGACGCGCACACCACCGGUACGAAAGAGAUGACGGCCAUUGGCCGCGCCGUGAUGAGCCGGUGGCUCGUCGAGGAGGUCUUUGAGCGCUACUUCCACCCGGGCCUCGAGCCGGCCCUCUCGCGGGCCCUCAAGGACAUCGAGAUGAACCUCCGCCGCCAGCAGGUCCAGGUGACCGCGACGACGGACGAGGAUCGCGAGAACGCCGUCGCGCGCAUCAGCAACUGGCGUCGCACCACCCUCGACGGCCUCCCCGAGCUACAGGCCGGCGGCACCCAGGCCGCCGACUUCCGGGCGCAGCUUAUCGACCGCCUCGUCGGGAGUUUAGUCGCGACCCUCACGGCGUACAUGCGCAUCGAGACGGCUCCGGGCGGCGCGACAUCUGCCGUGCCCCCGCCCCCGCCCCCGGGCUUGGAGACCGGCGCCCGCAUGAUCGUCGAGAACGCGAUCGGCAUCGCCGAGAAGAUCCCCUUGGAGUCCCGGGACAUCGUCGUCGAAUAUAUCCUCCCUGGCGCUGUCCUCAACGAAAGCACCAUGCGGGUGGAAUCGGGCAUUCCACCUCUACCACAGCAGCAGCAGCGAUCAACAGGCACCUCGUUGGAAAUCGAUCGUGCCGCAGCGGCAGCGGCGGCAGCGGUAGCAGCAGCCGCAGCAGCAUCGGAGGGAACAGCGACCAUCCCUGAUGAUAUCGACACGGACAACGCUGGCGUCCUAGGCGCAGCAGGGAUCGCUCCAGCUAAUACUAAUACUGGUGCUGGUGUACUAGCUCCCCCAACCGGCCCGACCGACCCAUCUGCUCCCAGAGGCGGCAGUGGUAGUGGUAGUGGCGCAGGCGGCGAGCGAGAAUCCCGCAAACGGUCGAUGUUCAGCUCGCUGAUGGGACGACGGACGGGUCCUGCUGCUGCCACCGCUGGUGCUGGUAAUGCUGGAGCCGGAGCGGGUACAGCGGGCCCAGCCGCCGGAACAGCAGCUCCGGGUGUUGCGCUCCCGACGGGUCCUGGUUCCGUCUCCAACGUGACCAUCCCUGGCACGAUUGCUUCUGCUUCUGCUCCUUCCGCCGGCAGCGCAGCGACCGAGGACCGCGAGCGACUGGCGCGGAUCCGGUUCUCCUCGUUCGUGCUGGCGGAGGUGCGUGGGCGGGGGCCGCAGAAUGUGCUGGUCAAGGCGCCUGUAUAUAUUGAAUGAAGGAGAACCUGCGGGUCUCCUGCCUCGACUACACCUACACCGCCCCCAAACGCAUGUCAGCGGAAGGGGGGUUGCGGGGCUGGAGAGUGUCAGUCGGUUAGAGUAAGACGUCUACGGUAUGUUAUCGUGUAGAAUGUACAGGUGUGAAUGUGAAUGUGAAUGUCAAUGUCAAUGUCAACGUCAUAUCAAUGAGCCUUAGCUGAACGCCAAUGAAC